AUGCCUCGGGGUCAGAAGAGUAAGCUUCGUGCCCGUGAAAAACGCCGCCAGGCUCGAGAACAGGCCAGUGGUCUGGUGGAAGCUCAGGCUACUGUACCAGAGGAAGAAGAGUCCCCUUCUUCCUCAUCUCCUCAUUUCAAAGAUGCUCCCCAGAGCUCACCUGCCACUGGAACACCCAGCAGUCUUCAAGUGUCUGGGAGAGUCCGUUCCGCCACCACUACUGCUGCAGCUGUUUCAAGCAUAAGGUUUAACGAAGGGGCCGACAAUCAAGGGGAGGAAAGGCCAAAAGCCUCCCAGGCCCAGGAUACCGCUCAGCACUGGCCCAGAGGCCCUAUUGACAAGAAGGUUGUUAUGUUGGUGCAUUACCUUCUGUACAAGUAUCAAAUGAAAGAGCCCGUUACCAAGGCGGAUAUGCUGAGAAAUGUAAUACAGAUGUACAAGAAUCACUUCUAUGAGAUCCUCAGGAAAGCCUCUGAGCAUUUGGAGCUGGUCUUUGGCCUUGACGUGAAGGAAGUGGAUCCCAACAGGAAUACUUAUGUCCUUGUCAAUAAACUGGAACUAAGCUAUGAUGCAAAGCCGAGUGAUGACAGAGAGGUUCCCAAGACUGGUGUGCUGAUGACUGUUCUGGGCGUGAUCUUCACGAAGGGCAACUGCGCCACUGAGGAGCAAGUCUGGGAAUUGCUGAAUAUAAUGGGGUUGUAUGCUGGGAGGAAUAACUUCAUCUGUGAGGAGCCCAAGAAGCUCAUUGCCAAAGAUUUAGUGCAGGAAAGGUACCUGGAGUACUGCCACAUGGCCAACAGCGAUCCUCCGCGCUAUGAGUUUCUGUGGGGCCCAAGAGCCCACGCUGAAACCAGCAAGAUAAAAGUGCUGGAGGUUCUGGCCAAGGUCACUGAUAGGGUCCCCACUACCUUCCCAUCCUGGUAUGAAGAGGCUUUGAGAGAUGAGGGAGAGAGAGCCCGAGCCAGGGCUGCAGCCAGCCGCUUUUCCUACCCUGAGUGA